AAGAAUGAGGACGAGUGGCGUGCUUGCUACGUGCUCGAGUGCAUUGGCGGACAGAGUGAAGACUUAAUAUUGACAAUCGGUAAAGCAUUUAUGCUGCGCUUUAAUGCAAUCAAACAUUUGAAAAAUCAAGCCGUUCUAAAUCUCAACACGCCCGGGGAGAAUAGCAAAGACUACUACAAUGAUUUGCCCGACAAAUUGCCGCCAGACUUGCUGAGCGAAAACGAUUUACCGCCAGAGUUGCAGAAGCAAUUGUUGUUACAACAUCAGCAGCAACAACAACAGCUCCAACAACAACAGCAAAGCCAGCAGUCACAAUUACCUCAACACAAAAUCGGGCAGCUAAAUUUGAAAAAACCGCGUGAUCGUCUUAGCAGUAAUCUGAUUGAUUUGAAUAGUCCACCACCCGAUCAGAGUUCGGCCAAUGUGAACCUCAGCAACUUCGAUCCAAUGGCCGAUACGGAGGGCGCAUGUGCGUUGCCACAAGCGCCCGUGCGUGAUGUCUUCGAUAUGCAACCAUUUUCCCUCUCCGCUGAAGUGCAACGUUCACAACUCAACACCGAAUUGUGGUUCCAUACGGGCAUUAGUCGUCAGAUUUCAGAGAGUAUGCUUAAAAAUGAUGGCGAUUUUUUGGUACGUGAAUCUCAGGGUAAACAUGGCCAGUAUGUGCUCACCGGUUUGGAGGUAAAAACACCCAAGCAUUUACUACUUAUCGAUCCGGAAGGUGUAGUGCGUACGAAGGAUCGCAUUUUUGAUAGUAUCAGCCAUUUGAUUAACUAUCAUUGGGCUAACUCAUUGCCGAUUAUAUCAGAGGAUUCGGAGUUGGUAUUACGCAAUCCGGUGUUGCGGCAAUCACCAGGGCAAAAACAACAGCAACAGGAACAGCGGCAUCAGCAUGCAGUGCAUUCGGCAGCUGCCACCAGCGCCAGUAGUGCAGCGCAUCAUCAUCACUUACCACCACAACAGCAGCAGCAGCAACAGCAACAUCAGCAUACACAUCAUGCGCGACCGGUGGUGAAUUCUUGAUGAGCCUUUGGUAAGCUACCACCGGAGCAUGGAAGGAAUUGAUAAAGCAUUGAGAUUUUUUUUUAAUAAAUAGUAUAUAAAAAAUUUCGCAAUUAAGUAGCAAUUGUAAUAGAUUAGGCGCACUUAGUAAAGUAGCUGUGAAGCAGUUAAGCGAAAAAUUUUGCGUGCAUAUCAGCGUGUAUUUUAUACAUAUGUAUAGCAGAAGUAGUUUUCGAUAAUCCUAAAAAUAGUUUUCUAAACUGUAUUAAUGAGUUAAGAUGUACAUUCAACGUGCUUUACGCAUUUCUAAUUUUUUCAUGAAAUCUUAUUAGAUCUAC